CUGCGGAGUGCAGCCUCGCCUCCUCGCCGUCGUCAUCGUCUGCAACGACCACCAACACAUCCCGCAAAACCCCUUACGACUUCGUUUGAUACGAAUCGCACGUUUCCAUAAUGUCUGAACCAUACGACCCAUACCUUCCCCGUGGCGGCUCGUCCAACCCUUCUGGCCCGAGCGGCGGCAACGCCAAGACGGCCGCCAUCCAGCAGCAGAUUGAUGAUACAGUAGGUAUCAUGCGGGAAAACAUUACGAAGGUGGCGGAGAGAGGAGAGAGGCUGGAUUCGCUGCAAGACAAGACUGAUAACUUGGCUGUUUCCGCACAAGGAUUCCGGCGCGGGGCGAACCGUGUACGAAAGAAUAUGUGGUGGAAAGACAUGUAGAUGCGAAUCAUCAUCGGCGUCGCCAUUGCCAUCAUCAUUAUCAUCAUUGUCGUGUCCAUCGUCAAGGCCACUGGCCACUAGACGACUCUAACCCUUCCCAGCACCUCGACCGCGUCUGUUGUAUCUAUCCCUCUGCGUACUAUAAUUUCUCUCCAUAUUUCAUACCUCACUGUGAAAUAGCUCUGUUCUCGCUGCUCAGGGUCUACUUGUUGGGAUAUGGAGAUUCCUUCGGACUACUUCUAUAUCUCUGUGAUAUUAUCUGAAUGGUUUACGUGUUUGUAAAUGGACAAGAAUGCACUGCGUUCUGCACGGCGUUC